AUGGCCUCUUCGGUGAUGCUUUUCUUCAAAGCCCAGGUCCUCUCCGGGGUGGUACCUGGAGUUACCUCGUUUCUACCUCCGUCGUCGUCCCCUGGAUGGGCGGAGGACAUAAACAAUGCCACACUUGGGUUCCAAAAAGUCUUCGUCGUUGGCUUGCCUUCACGCACCGACCGGCGUGACGGUAUGCUGCUACAGGCGUCCCUCAGCGAUGUCGACAUAGAGUUUGUCGACGGCAUCCUCGGCAAAGAUAUCAAUGAAAAGGCCAUCCCGCAAACCAAGAAGAAAGACGAAAAUCAACGAAUGGGCCUUCCAGUAAUAGGGUCUUGGAGGGCACACAUGAAUGCGAUCCACGAGGUAGUUCGACGAAACCUUUCUUCCGCUUUGAUCCUGGAGGACGAUGUUGACUGGGAUGUACGGAUAAGAGAACAACUUCGCGACUUUGCCUUUUCGACAAAUGCUCUCACGCAACCCUUACGCGCAACUCCUAGCUCCUACUCCGAUCCUACCUUUCCAACCGCACCAUCAGAUGACAGCCCCGCCGUGUCCGUGGCCGAUAUCUCUUUCCAUCACCUCCCGGCUAUACUACCUCCCAGGUUCUCGCCGUAUGGGGAUAACUGGGACGUCCUCUGGAUUGGCCACUGCGGGAUGCACUUCCCAGCCGCCGGCCGCCCAGGAGCGGUCCCGCGAGGGCGGGUAAUCCACAGCGACGACGUGACCGUCCCCGAGAGGAGAUAUCUGUGGACUUUGAACGACCCCUUCACGCUGAAGGACCAGUACCCCGAGCACACGCGGGCGGCGCACCACGUCCAGGAAGGCGUAUGCACAUUGGGCUACGCGGUCACGCAAAAGGCCGCGCGGCAGAUCCUGCACGAGAUCGCGCUCCGCGACGUCAGCGACGCCUUCGACAUCACCAUGCGCUUCUUUUGUGAGGGGGUGCGCGGCCACAGGCGCCACACCUGCCUCACGGUGCAGCCCGCGCUGUUCCACCACCACCGCCCGGCCGGUCCGGCCAAGGCGCUGAGCGACAUUGGCGAUCACGGCGACGAGUUUCGCGAGACGGCCUCGACGGACAUGGUGCGGUGGAGUGUGAGGAUGAAUGCUGAUGUCCUGUUGGAAGGCCGAAGGGACUUUUGGGAUGUCAUCGAUUUGAUUCAAGGUGCAAACGCGAACGGCAUGGUCCAGCUGGGCAGGCAGUUCCUCUCAGCAGCCUACCUCAUGGCCAGUUAUGAUACUGGCAAGUUUCAGAUGCGGAUGGCGAACCCUACCAAUGACCAGAACUUGGUUGCGGUGACCGAGAAGGGCUUCGAGGUCACGGACAACUUCUGUGCCGCCGACAAGACACCUACGGACAGCGGCACAGGAGGUAAUGCUGGAAAUCAGACUGAUCCAAAGACUGGGACCCCAGUUGCAAGGUCCAAAAGUGGGACGCCGGGUGUUAUAUCUGGCGUUGUAAUUGCAGUGUUGGCGAUUGUAUCCCUAAUCGGCAUCGCGACCUGGUUCUUCUUGAAACGAAGAAAAGCCGCCGUUGCAGGAAGAAAAGCCGCCGUUGCAGGGAGUCAGGAUCCGUCGCGAACAUCUCCUCACUACGACGCGUUGCCCUCUCAAACCAAGGAUGUCCACAUGCAGGUCUAUCCAAAGCCUGAGCUACAGGGGUCUUCUCCGGACCCUUCUUCGCACCAGAUUUCUCCACAGGCACCCGGACCGCAUUCGAACUAUCGUUAUGAACUGGCAUGA